AUGGAAAGCCGCGAUGCGCCCUCGGUGUCGCUGGCGCCGAGCUCUCCUGACGGCUACAGAGGGGCCCCGGAUCAUUCUCAGUAUCCAUUGAAGAAGAAGGCCCGGCGCAGCACCGAUUCUGGGGCCCCGAAGCGCCGGUGUGUAAGCACAGCAUGCAUCGCCUGCAGGAAACGAAAGUCCAAGUGUGAUGGCGCCGUCCCGAGUUGCGCGGCUUGUGCCAGCGUAUACGGCACGGAGUGCGUCUAUGACCCGAACUCGGACCACCGCCGGAAAGGUGUCUAUCGCGAGAAGACGGACAGCAUGAAGGCCCGCACCCAGACGCUACAGAUCCUGAUUGAGGCUAUUCUCAAUGCUGCCGAAGACGACGUCCUGGAUAUUGUGAAGAAGAUUCGUGCGUGUGACAGUCUCGACGACGUUGCCGAAUCUAUUAUGAGGAAGGAAGGAAAUGGAGAUGAUAGUUGCGGCUCCGAACCCUUGGAGGAGGACCUGACUAAUACCCAGCCUGUCGAGGGUGAGCGGGAACUUGCCCGCAAAAUGGGCGAACUGCGGCUGGAAAACGGUUCAGUUCGUUUUAUCGGCGGUACUUCGCACCUGAUAUACCAGGGAGACCCGACAAAUACUUCCGACGAGCCAGAAUCCGUUGCCGACUUUCCGAAUGAAGACCCUAUCAUCAGCUGGACCGAGGCUACGAAAAACCGCGAGCUAAUCGAACACCUCAUCACCAUGUAUUUCACAUGGCACUACCCUUAUUUUACGACGCUUUCCAAGAGUUUAUUCUUCAGAGAUUUCAGACUGGGAAAACCAAAAGGAGGACAACAACAAAGACCAUAUUGCUCGUCCCUACUUGUCAAUGCCAUGCUGGCCCUUGGCUGUCACUUUACUAGCGUUCCUGGUGCCUUCGCAACCCCAGGAGACAGCAGGACAAAAGGUGACCACUUCUUUGCUGAAGCGAAGAGGCUAAUUGUCGAAAACGACGAGUAUGAGAAACCUAGGCUCACCACGGUACAAGCUUUGGCACUCAUGUCAGUGCGUGAAGCUGGCUGCGGACGGGAGGCUAAGGGAUGGGUGUACAGUGGCAUGAGCUUCCGCAUGGCCCAGGAUAUUGGGCUCAACCUCGACAUUGCAGGCAUCCCGAAGGACAAGGACUCUCUGGACGAGAAAGAUAUUGAUGCCAGGCGCAUCACCUUCUGGGGCUGCUUCUUAUUCGACAAGUGCUGGUCCAACUACCUCGGUCGUCUGCCUCAGCUCCCUAAAAACACUUACAAUGUUCCCAAGUACGACGUCUUCCCCGACGAGGAUGCCGAGCUCUGGUCUCCGUACACCGAUGGCGGAUUUGACUUGACCAUGAAGCAGCCGUCUCGGACACGGGCGAUUGGGCUGCAGCUGUCCAAGCUGUGCGAGAUCAGCAGCGACCUGCUUCUGUUCUUUUACCAUCCAAAUCAUAUCGGGCGAUCCACUGGCAAGUCGGCCGAACUUAAGAAGCUCAGCGAGCUCCAUCGGCGGCUGGAAGAUUGGAAGAAGGAACUUCCUCCUGAGCUUCAGCCGAAGGACGGGCAACUGCCAAACGUGAUUUUGAUGCACAUGUUCUUCCACUUGCAGUAUAUUCAUCUGUUCAGACCAUUCCUCAAAUAUACUCCCCAAACGUCUCCCCUGCCGGCCCAUGUCUCACCACGGAGGAUAUGCACGGCGAACGCUGGGGCUAUUUCGAAGCUUAUGCGACUGUACAAGAAGCUGUACAACCUCAGACAGAUCUGCAACAUCGCCGUCUACAUGGUUCAUUCGGCAUGCACCAUCCACAUGCUCAACCUGCCGGAGAAGACGGCUAAGCGGGACAUUACACAUGGUGUUAAGCAUCUGGAAGAAAUCGCCGAGGACUGGCUGUGCGCUCGAAGGUCGCUCAGUAUCUUGAGUGUAUUGGCUCGGAAAUGGAACAUUGAACUGCCAGAAGAAGCCGCAGUUGUGCUCCAGCGGACAGACGAGAAAUAUGGGACUGUCAGCACAUCUGACGUCCCCUCACCUCCCAACAAGCCGCCGAUUUCUAACACACAAUCACCACAAUCUCUCGCCCACACUCCUCCUGGGAACCCGCAGGACGCCUAUACCCCGGGGAGUACAUUCAGUGCGCCGACACCACAGCAGGCUAUGUCCCUCGAUAUUCCCCCGUCAAGUAUUUCAUCGUCCAUGCUCGACAGCAACUUGGCCGUGUCAGGGUUGACUUCCCAUUUCCAACAGCCGCAACAGCAACAAUUGCCGCAAUCUAUUGCCCCAUCAACCAUGUCCAUGACUGACAGCCUUGCCUCGCUGACAACAUGGACAAUAUCACCUCUCCCACAACCGAUUCCCAGCUACAGUCCCCAGCCCUUUGGCAGCAUCCCCAACACGCUAGCACCCCCCACCACAACCACAGCAACUACUGCCCAACCUUCCCGUACGACAACAACCCGGGUGAACAGCGGUUCCGUAUAUGCCAUCGACGGCCAAGACUGGUACCUGAAGGAUGGCGUGAGCUGGCAGCAAAACUUUUCUUCGUGGGGACUUAGCCCUGCCACAGCGCCUGGCCCUAGUACGGGUCUUGGUGCAGGCUCUCAUCAUCAGCAACGGCCUUCGAAUACCGGGUUGGCGGCGGCUGGUAGUGGGGGAAGCAGUAGUGCCACGACACCUGGACCUGGAAUGGGGAGCGGGGAUUCGUCGUCCUCGAUUUUCAUGUUUAGGGGACUGGAUCCGAUGGGGUUUGAUUCGUUGGGGGCGAUGGGAAGUUUGGACAGCUUACCAGGUUUAGACUAG